UAGAAAUAUGUCCGAAAGAUCCAUUUAAGAUAAGGUAACAUAUAAACGACGGAAUGUAAAUAUCGUAAUUUCUGCAAAUACGAAAGAAGUUGGACGCCUGCGUCGCGACCGUCCGGCACAAACUCAGUGUAAUAGUCGAUUCACCCUACAUCCGACAGUCUAACAACGUAAGUAAUAAGCAACCCUUAAAAUGUAGUUUUAGAACACCAAUAAUUUAAAUAAGUGCCUUUCACGUGUGUGUUUUUACCAUCCGAUACAAUGGCUCGAAGAAACAAAUGUAAGCCUCGUAUGAUACCUCAGCAAGACAAGAGAAUAUGCGGCUGUAUCUGCUUUUGCCAACUUGUAGUAGUAUUUAGUUGCGUAUCGCUUAUUUAUCUAACAGUGGCUAUUUACAUUCCAUCCUACAGAGCAUUUCGUAGUGGGUACGAAACACGUCCGGUAAUGUGCCAAACAAUUAACAUCAGUACAGAAAACAACUGUAGCUGGGCUUCUUGCGGUGAGUGGUGUUUGACGAAAACAUCUGGAUUUUGCCCGCAGAUACAUUCUACUACUAGACAGAACGGUACGACAGUCCAAUUUCUGAACUGUACCAACUUUCACGCUUCCAUUUGUCCACCAGUUAAUUCAGACCAAUUAAAAAAGCAUAAUUGCAACAAUGGCACAGAAUGUGCAUCCCUCAAGGGGGUCUUUAACUGUUCUUUAGGCCAUUGCUCUAAUAUGUCCCAACUAUACGAAUGCCACUACAAAGCAGACGGAUUUACAGUCGACAGCGACAGAGAUAACGCGAAAUUAAACGGAUUUUUCGAGUGCAGAGGAGCUAAGUGCACUAAAAUAAAAAAAGCGUUUUCCUGCGAUCGCAUCUGCAAAGAAAACAUCAAUUCUGACACAAGCAAUGUUUACAUUUCUAAAGGAGAUAGCAUCAAUUUUGCCCAUUGCGAUUCCGCCGUAGCUACUACAAAAGCUAAUGGCCAAGAAGAAGGCGUUAAAAUACAACCUACACAAUUCUGGACAAAAAUGCCCAACGAAGCCUUCAUGGUUUCAUGUCACACUGUGGAUUUCGAUGAAGCCACCCAAUCGAUACACGCCACCGACUGUAUCAAUGGAAGCAUCUUCGAAAUAUCAUCUCUGCCCAAACCGUUCAUUACAUUCAAGGAAUUCUGGAAUCUAACGGGCAAACACAGAAAUAUAAUAGACCCGAAGAAUGAAUUCGUACCCUUUCAAGAAUACUUAACAAUUUACAAUGCUUCCCGGCUAUACAUCAACCUAGAUGGAUGCGUGAACACUCUGAAGGGCGAAUGCUCGGACUUCCUUCAAACCCAUGGCAAAGACGGGAGAAAUCAGACAGCGCCAUCACGAUACCCAUGCUUCUACAACAAGAAUAACUCGUUUAUGGUGGUGGCCCGUUACGACCUGGAGAAAACCUGGAGAGAUUUGCUGAUAGCCAUCAGCAUUCCAUCGGUUCUAUUCGUGGUAUCGUUCGUUACGCUUUGCGCUAUAAUGCAGUCGGUGAGAGUGGAUGACGACACGAAAAUGCGCUGCAAGUACUGCUUCGGUACGUACACAUCGGACAUGACUGAAAUGAUAAACAGCAAAUACGAAGUUUCCUCGCCGGAAUCGGAUGGCCCUUUCAAUAGAAGAGCGAACAAUCAAGAAGAACUGAGUUAACAAACUUCGUUCAUACAAUAAUACUUUUAAAAUGUUGAUAACAAGCAACUACGCUUAUCUGGAAUGUGAGCAAAAAAUUCGAUUAUUUUGAUGGGAUCCAUAGUUUCUUGGGAGUAUAUGAUUUGCAUUUUUGAUUUUAGAGAUCUACCCAGAUAUUUUAGUUGUUGCGAUAGAAAAAUUUGAACCAAACUAUUAAAUAUUUGAAUUUGUAAUUCUUGUUAAUUAGACAAGGAAUACAUUCCGGAGAAAUUAAAGAAUAAUCCGAUUUUCAAUUGCUUACAUUCUGUGACCCUUAGAUGUAAAAAAUGAGCAACAAAUACACUUUAUACUAUACACCAAUUGUAGUAUAAAUACAAUUUAUAUAAAUAUUAUACUGAGUGAAAGCCCUUUUUAUUCACUUAGUCUUUUGAAUAUUAUGAAAGAAAUUUUAGGUGUUCUAUACAUAUGGCAAACAUAAAUAUACAAUGAUUAAAGUGAUAUAACAACAAUAUUAUAUUAAACUAAUUUUUGAACACCAUGUAGAGUGUCUAAAUUUUAAGCAUCGAAUUAUGUAUAUUCCAAUUUAUUACAGGAAUGCCCAAUUAAAAUGUUUCUUUUGUUACUUAGAUUAAAUGAAUAAUUUUACAAUGGGCUUCCUUUAG